AUGAAGUUUGAGGACAUCCUGGAGGAAAUCAACGGUUUUGGGCCUUUCCAAAUCGCCAUCAUCAUCCUGCUGUGCACCCCUCGAAUAGUUCUGCCGUGUCACUUCCUGCUGAAUAACUUCAUCGCCUGGGUGCCCCCUCACCGCUGUGACGUCAGCGCGCUGGACGACGGAGGACUCUUUGGAAAUCUCACUCAGCAGCAGAGACUGACCGUCAGUGUUCCUGCAGGGGAAGAUGGGGAGCUGAGAUCCUGCAAGAUGUUUGCAGAGCCUCAGUUUCAGCUGCUGGCCAACAGCUCCAGCAGCGCUGACCUGCCUACGGUUCAGUGUCAGAGUGGAUGGGUUUAUGACAACUCCACCUUCACCUCCACCCUGGCUACAGAGUGGGACUUCGUCUGUGACAGAAAAAGUCUGACAAACACCACAAGCACAAUCUUCUUUUGUGGAGUGAUGUUCGGGGCCAUAGCGUUUGGAUACCUCUGUGACAAGUAUGGGAGGAAAAGCUCUCUUUUGGUCUCCUACAUCCUGGCAAUUGUGUUCGGCUUCUCCAGCGCGUUUGCAAACUCCUACGUCGUGUUUGCAGUGCUGAGAUUUCUCACCGGCUUCGGACUGGCAGGGAUCAGCAUCAUCUCAAUGGUUCUCAGCAUCGAGUGGGCCGACACAGGUCAUCGCUCGUUUAUCGCUGUGAUCGGCAGCCUGGCCUGGUCUGCAGGCAACAUGCUGCUGGCUGGGUUUGCCUUCCUGGUGAAUGACUGGCGGCCUCUGAUCAUGACUGUUACAGCCCCGCUAGCAUUCGCAGUUGUGAGCUGGUGGUGGAUUCCUGAAUCUGCCCGAUGGCUGUUGGCCAAUGGUAAAGUGAAAAGAGCCCAGAUUUACCUCGACAAAUGUGCGAAGUUCAACAAAAGACAAAAACUGUCCUCCAGAUUAAAACUGGAUACACUCUCCAACGUAGAAGUCGCGGAAAACCAGGACAAAAACUACACCUACCUUGAUCUGAUCAAGACCCCGAAAAUGAGACGGUUAAGUCUGCUGACUGGGAUUGUGUGGUAUGGGGUGUCCUCGACGUAUUAUGGAAUCAGCCUGAACAUCAGCGGGUUCGGUUUGAACGUGUAUCUCACGCACUUCAUCUACGCUGCCAUCGAAGUUCCCGCCAAGCUGAUGAUCUACGGCUUCCUCAACAUCAUCGGACGCAGGAAGUGCCAAGCUGGAACGCUGUUAAUCACAGGAAUCUGCAUCGCCAUAAACAUCUUUGUUCCAGAAGCUCUGUGGCAUGUGCGUGCUGUUGUUGCCAUUCUUGGAAAAGGCCUAUCAGAGGCUUCCUUCACGACGGUCGCCCUCUACACAACGGAGCUUUACCCCACAGUCGUCAGGCAAAACGGUGUGAGCUACACCAGCAUCAUAGGUCGUCUGGCCGUAUCCAUGGCUCCGCUCAUCCUGCUGCUGGAGGACGUGUGGACUCCUCUUCCUCAGAUCAUCACAGGCUCCGUGGCCAUCGCCUCUGGCCUCACGUCCCUGCUGCUUCCAGAGACCCUGAAUGUGGGGCUGCCAGAGACCAUUGAAGAUGUUGAAAAGCCAAGAAGAAACGACGUCUCCUCUCACUCCGCCGAGUCUUCGGGUUUCGUCCUGGAAUCAAAGAGGACAACAGACACUCAGCAGUGA